UUGGUCGUGUCGUUGCUCAGCGGUAUUAUGUUUAUGAACGCAACUGUCAACAAAGUAUGAAAGCUUUGCUACAUUGAUCAUAUUUAUUGAGAACACUCUCGAUGUAAGGAAUGAAGAAUAAAAGGGUGAAACCCUCAAAGGGCAUAAGCAACAGAAAAAGUGUGCUCAGUGAUGUGUCUCCAUCCACCAGUAUUCCUCCUUUAGUGGAGGGGCAGCUGAGAUGUUUCCUCAGGUUUACAGUAAGUAAAGUGCUGUGGACCAUCGUCAAACCUCCUCCUGUGACUCUGAUCCGACUGCGAUGGUGGGGAGAGUCUUCCAAUGGCACCUUCUUUAGGCCCAGAGAUGGACACGUUGAACAGAAAGGGUUUAAAUCCACUGCCCGCUUUCCAGUAAGAUGUGGACCAAAACAGCUUACGUCUUAUCUCACAGAUAUGGGCUCAUUGGUGCUGGAUGUGCUUACAAAGGUUGAUCAUUUGCCUAUCGCUCGAGUUCAAAUCCCUGGGAUUGCCCGACUCUCUUUGUCUCACUCCAUACAUGGAUAUUUCACUCUUAUUUCCCCGACAUCUGAAAAACUUGGGGAACUCCAGAUCACACUUGCUCUGGAACCAUUAACGGAAGGAUAUGACAGCAGUAGCUCAGUACCUACGACAGAUAUGAGCCUUGAUGCCCAGGCUCCUGCACUAAUAACUGACCAGAACAUGCCUGUGGUGACAUCAUUGGAUCAACCUCUCCCGAGUAACACUGAGAAGGAGACAGUUGGUGGCAGUUCUAACCACAUGCCCCAGGGGAAGGAUUACCUGUAUCUUCAAGAAAGCAGUAACAUCAUGCCAUCUUUCUCUACUGGAAAACCUAAAGUUAUUCCAGCUCAAACUCUCCCAGCAAACGGCCAAUCAUCUGUCAACCUUUUGUCAGUUCUUCUGGAGCGUGGUAGCAAGCUCAGAAAUGCCAUGGUGGUUUCAGCCUUAAAGACAGAUGUAGAGUCAGAUGUUCCUCUGAAGGAUAUUAUCCAGCCCAUUUCCAGAGACAACACUGAAGCUUUGCCACCCAGACCUUCAUCAGGACAGUUUCUGGAGAACAUCCUUCAGUCCGAACUCCAGCAUCCUUCUCACGACCUUGAUGAAGCAAGUCAACAUGAAGCCAACACAGAGGACAUGGCUGUGGAUCUCCUUCUGGGAAGUGUUAAUGGAUCAGCGCUGCAGUUCUGGGAUGGAGAGGGUUCACCUCCAGAGUCUCUAUCUGAUCACAGUAGUGUGCUUAUGGACAGUGAGCUCAAUGACCCUCAAUAUGAUCAAAGUCUUCUAGAGAACCUCUUCUACAAAAAUUCUGUAUCAGAUGAAUGUUUGGAAGAGGACCAUCAGAGGAAAGACACUGCAGGGAAGAAAGUGCACACAAGCCCAGAUAAAAAUGCUCGGCUGGAUUCUGAUGAUGUGCAUUCAGAAACAGAAGAUGGUUUCUCUGGCCUGAGUGCGGAUAAGAUAGCUUUGCUUGGUGAUGUUCGUUUUGCCAGAGUUAUCAUCAGUGAGUUAAAAGUUCCCGAAGACACGCCAAGAAAUAUUUCUAAAAAAGGAAGACCACCCCGGCCCCUCACUACAAAGAAAUGCACUUAUAUUGUAGAGUACCUCUUCCCACUGGUCUCUACCAAAUAUGAUGACAUCAGUCUGGUGCCUUUAGAGUUCACAAAAGUCAUCUCUAGUAAAAUUUUAGAGGGGGUGGUAAUGUUUGAGCACCAAAGUUUGUUUCCUGUGAGAUUCAGUAGGUCAUCUAUUAAACAAUGGUGGGAGAUGAACAUCUCAUUAAAUAUCUACUGCAGAAAUAGCUUUCAAAAGACACCUGCUCUCAUUGGAACAGCAACAUUUUCUCUGAGCACUCUUUUGCAAAGUGAAUCAAUGAACAUUUCUGCUGCCCUGCCUGUUCAAAGACCUGAUGGAAAAACUGAUAAACAGGCAGUUGGUCCUCUGAAGGUGUCAUUUCAACUAGCAUUAGACAAGAAUGACUUCACCACCAAAAAAAGGCCUGGAAGGAAAGGGCUGAGUCUGCAAAAAGCCCCCAUGUCCCGCUUGAUUGAAGAGGAUGAUGGGCAGAAGAGUGGCCCAUCUCCUAGUGCUGGACUUCAUCCAGUCCAGAGUAUCCUAAUGCCUCAAACCAGAUCUCGAUCCACAUUGCCAAACGCCAGACACCAGACCUCUCCACACAAGCCUUUGCAACAGGAAGUGGAGGAAACAGAGAUUUUGCUUCAUACGUUGCUCAUGGUCCCUGAUGGGAAAGAUUUUAAUUGUGCACCCAUGCAGCCCAAUGUCUACUUGAAUUGUAAGCUGCUCGGAUCUGAUGAGACUGCUCGAUCGACGGUCAGCUGGGGACAAAAACAUCCAAUAUUUAAUUUUGUACAGGUGGCUCCAAUUGCACUGACUUCCAGACUGUUGGAGAGAAUGAAGAACAACGUGAUGGUCAUUGAGGUUUGGUUGAGAGCCAGCAGCUCAGAUCAUGAUAAACUUCUAGGCUUAGUGAAAAUAUCUCUCCACCAGUUCUACAUGUCCUUCAGAGACCCCAAGAUCUCUGAGCUGCUCUUUCAGUCUCAGUAUCCAGUGGUUGGGGUGGACUGUUAUAUGCCUGUCAUUAACGUUUUCACUGGAAGCAAUCGUGGGAACCUCAGGGUGUGUUUAGCAAUGGGUGUAGCUCAACAGAUCACAGCACUACAGCAAAUGAGAGAUGAUGAGCUGACCCGUGUAUCACUGCUGCCUCGACCUGCUCACAUGUUAGACCACCAGGCACACACAGAAACAAAGGUGAGUGGCAGUGCUUCAGCAGAUGUUCUACGUGAGCAUGUCUUCAUGGUCCGAGUAGAGCGAGUCAAGGGUCUGAUGCCUCUACAAUCCACAGUGUGGGGAGAAGCUGACUGCUACAUCCAGUACUCCUUCCCUGCACAAACUGAAGAGUCAACAGAGGACAUGGAUCCUAAUAUUGUUGAAAGCAAUGUGGAUCUCAAGGCAUACCGCACUGAGACCACCCUUUGUGUGCCUGACCCAGUGUUUGGACAUAGUGAAACGCACAUCCUGCUCGCUCCUCCAGAUAUCCCAGUGCAGAGAGUGCUUCUCAACUCACUGGCCAAUCAGGGGCUGAGGAACGGAGGAGGAGUGCAGUUUGAGGUUUGGUGCAGGUAUUAUUACCCAAAUGUCAGAGACCAGAUGGUAGCCCAGGGGCUGCUGCCCAUGUCCAAACUGUGUGCCAUGGUCACUAUGCAGAAACAGGGUCAAACCGAUACACAGCUGUUCUCCCUCCCGUUGGUACCAAGAAUUGACAGACUAACUGACAUACAGCAUCAACCAUCAGGACUGCUUGAAGUGAGUGUUCAGUACAAGUCUCGACCAUUAAGGAGUGUUGGAGUGAAGAGUGGGGUCGUGCCCUCUCCCAGAGUAACUCUGGUUGUGCAGUUGAACAGAGCAGCGGGGCUGCAAGCUGCAGCAAAAGUUCUUGCAGAUACAGACAGUGCUCUUCAGUAUUACUCUGAAGUAGGAGUCAACUCCUUUGUAACCAUUCAAUUGUCCUUCCUGCCGGACAGUGAGGUGCGAAGCACACGCAUGGUAGCCAGAAAUUUCUGUCCAGAGUUUGGACAUCACGCAGAGUUUUGCUGUAAUCUGCUGGUGCAAAGAGAAAGCGGGGAGACCGUCAGUCUGGCAGAGCUAUUGCAAGAUGCAGUUGCUAUCUUCACCAUUUACAACAGAGACACACGCAAAGUGGUCGAUACAAGAUCUAAGGACACUGUCUUGGGCACUGUGAAAAUUAAGCUUGCAGAUUUAAUUCAUAAAAGAAUUGGAAUAUGUGGCUGGUACAGUAUUUCUCUACCUCAGAACACAACAUCAUCUCACAAGCUGACUUCAGCAGGAGGACUUGAAAUCUCCAUUAACUUUUCCCAUCAUGCAGAUAGAGAGCGUAUAAUCAGUUCGGCCCGUGGAUUGGGCUGGGAAGUGGGGAAGGACAGUGAAGAUGAGGCAGAUAUAGACAAUGAAGAUGCUCUAGAUGCAAGCACAAAGACUCUGGCAUGGUCUGUUUCCAUGCCUAGAGCAUGGCUGCCCAUCCAUUGCCUGCUGCUACCAGGAAAUGAAGACGUCCAGCGUUCCACGUACUGUUACUACAGAUACAAACUGUACGACCAGCAAACCUUCUGCUCAGAACUUAGACACCCUGUUCUAGAGGAGAACGAGGGAGAAGGUCUUGCCACAGUUGCAUUUCAGGGAAGCAGAAGUGUGGUUCUGAGGAGGACUCAGCCCCUGCGCUGGUACCUAAGGGAGGAAAGGCUGGAGGUGCAGUUGUGGGUGACCUUUGGGAAGGAAAAGAGAGUCCGACCUCAUAACGCAGACCGUCUGGUGGGCUCGGCCUUUGUGGACCUCUCUGCUCUUGCUAAUACUCUGAAGCACCAACAAACAAUCAGCGGUGUGUAUCCUUUGUUUAAAUGCUCCGCUGUGAAUCUGAGUGGAGCUGCUCUCAGAGUCCAUAUCACUGUGACUACAGACUCCAUACCAUAUGAGUCUCCAACUGUUUCACACAUUGAAGAUCUUAACAGCUCAGGAGAGGAUGAAGGGGAUGAAGGCCUCCCCACCACAGUGCUGUCUAGACCAUCUCAAUCCCACGGCAGACAGCUAAUCAAAUCAUCCAUAAGCACUGAGACUCCACCAUCCUCCACUACAGUAGUCAGCACUGAGGACACCUUCAUAGCCAACAUUACUGUGGAGAGAGCAAUGCAUCUGAGUCUAAAGGGUUGUCCUCUUGCUGAGCGGGGUGGAGGUUUACCCAGUUGCUGUGUCUCUUAUGCCACUGCUGAUGCUUCUGGCACAGUGACCACUGCACUGAUCAAAGACAGUGACUGCCCUGAAUGGUACCAUCAACAAGAAUGCAGGCUUUCAAAGGAGCUACUUUUGGAUCCCCAGCAAUCCCUGGUUUUCAAAGUUUGGCAUAAAGGAGAGGUGGAGCGGGUGAUUGGAUUUGCGUCUGUAGACCUGUCACCACUUCUGGCGGGUUUUCAGUCAGUGUGUGGCUGGUACAACAUCACAGAUUUCAGUGGGCAGUGUCAGGGACAGCUAAAGGUGUCCGUGUCUCCUCUGAGGGCAGUACAGGAGUUACGUGCCCAGCGACAGCCAAUACCUGAGACCAGUGCCCCGGAUUCUAGUGCUCUGUUUGGCACUCUACCACUCUGCUAUCAAACCACAGCUACCUAUAGAAGCUUCCCCAGCCACAUCAUUCGAUUCUCAGAGCAGAGGAUCAGCACGCCUCCUGAUCAACUUGAAAGACUGCUCUCUGACAGGUCCAGUGUGAUGGAUCGUCAUGAAGAGCACAUGGACAACGUAAGGUUGUUUCAUCAGACUUUGCACGAGGGUGAGAGAGCUUCUCACUCCUCACUGGCUGGAGACUCUCACCCUUCUAGUUCAACACUCUUCUCUGCCCUCAGGAAAAACUUAAGUGAGCUGGAUGACAUCCAAAGAUAUUUCAGCUGUAAGUUGUCCACUCCAACAUUCCCAAAGUUGAGCGAGCCGAGAGGAACCUCCAGGCAGGAGCACCACAGGGACACCACACAACUGCUGCUGAAGUCCAGUCAGCUGGUUGGAGAGGUCAAUAACAUCAUAAAAGGCUUAAGUGAACACCAGACUGAAGAAACACCAACUAUCCAUAAAACCUUAGAUGCACCUACUGCGAUUGAAGAGCAUUUAGCCUCUGGGGUUAAUCGGCUGAUAUUAUCAGAAUCUGAGAGCUCUGAGAUAGAAACUCACUCUCAUAAAGAUUCAGAAAUGGUAUCAGAGGAUGAAGAUGUUACUCCUAGAGAGACCAGACUGUCACCAGCUCCUCCAGAAGACAAAAAGCUCCAUCACAGCCCAUCUGAUGAAGAUGGAGAUGAAGAUAAGUGUAUGGAAGAAGAUAAAGAGGAGGAAGACGACCAUGAAGACUUUGAGGAAACUUUGAUACAGCCUCGUACACUCAAUGAGGUCACUUCAGUUACAGACAGAACCAGCCCCUGGACCAGUCUACUGUCUGACCCAGAUAUGGGAUCUCUGGAGAGUCUAGAGUUAGUGGAGCAUCAUGCUCAAGGAGAGGAGAGGAACACCAGAGAACUCUUACCGGAAACUAACCCGCAGUCAUUGACUGCAGAAUCACAUGGCAUUGGUUCUGAUUUAGACCUCUGUGAAAGAUCUGAAACUGAGCUUGAUACAAUUAGGAGUGAAGCGGAUAUUGUCACAGAUGACAGGGAGAAGCAGCAAUCUCCAGAUGGUCUGGAUAGAGACUGUGCUCUCUCUAGUAUAAGUGUGGUGGAAGAUUGUGACCUAAGUAACAGUUCGGCUGAAGAAAGAGAUGAAAGACCAAAUGUAUCUCCUAUCACAGAGUCUGACUCAGAAACAGAUGAUAAAACUGAUGAGAGGAGAACAAAACCUUCAGAGCCUGCAGAGAUUCCAAAUUUCUUUCUGUCGGCUCACCAUCUGGAAGCGUCCAUGAGAGUUUUGAGGAUGGCACCUGUGUUUCCUUCAUCCAUAGAAUCUGAGACUUUAAAUCCUGGUAAUCCAUAUCGAAGAGGGACUCAACCCAGACCCACCGUCCCUCCAUCACAGAGGAGUGAAGAGACCAAAAGAAUUGCAAAAAUAUUUGCUUCAAAGUUUACAGAAGGGAGUUAGCGCACUUUUCAAAAUUGUGUGUGUGCUUCUUUUUUAAAUUGUAAUAUAUUACAUUUGUUCAUUUUGUUUUACUUCUUUGAUGGUUAUUUAUUUGAUAAAUGACACUUUGAACUGGAAUUUUGAAUUAUGUAAGCAUUAAAAAUGUUUAUUUACAGUAAUCAACUAUUUUUGUAAUAAAUAAUUUCGUAUUUCCUC